GCGCGGUAGAGAAGACCGGGAACCAUGGCGAAGGCAGAGGCGAGCUUUUUCACCGUCAUCGUGACGGGACAGAUCGAAUUCGCGGACAUUCCGAGCUGCGACAACGCGUACUGCAAGUACGCCAUCGUGCACGGCGACGACUGGACCCACCUGGACGGCCCGGAGGACGGCAUCUCGCAGAUCACGCGCAAGACCUCGAGCGGCCCGGAGCAGAAGCUCGUGUGGAACUUCCCGGUGGAGGUGACGUACAAGGCGACGAACGCCUUUGGCUGGCCGCAGCUCAUCUUGAGCGUGUACGAGAUCGACGCCAUGGGCCGCGACAUCAUCAAGGGGUACGGAUGCGUCCACCUGCCCAUCGCCAGCGGUAACUUCGUCCGCACCGUCCCGCUCUACAAACCUCUGUCCGCGUCCAUCGCGCAGCAGUUCAUCAACUGGGCCACGGGGCGACCGGCGGAGUUCAGCAACCCGAAGUUCCCGGCGAUGGGCGAGGGGAGGGAGGUGACGAGGGUGCAGUCGACGGGCCACGCGUCCGUGGCGCUCAACGUCAUCACCAAGGACAUGGCCACCUUUGGGUACUCCGAGGCGAAGGGCGCCGCCGUGAGAGUCGCCAUCUGAUGAGUCGCCAUCUGACGAGACGAGGGGACAGAGGAGGGGGGACGAACACGAGACAUGUAGCUAAUGUUAUAAAAAGGGGGCGAAGAAGACGUCGCGCGUUCGU